UGUUCGCUUAUGCGUUAUAAAGGACUUGCGAAAUAAAUAAAGUUAUUUGAAUAAUAACAUUUAGGUUAUUUAUUUAAGCAUACAACAAUAAUUCUGAUUUGGAUGUAUAUGUCUGCUUUGUUUCAACUGACACAAUGCGCCGGUCAGUUCCGGUACGCGGUUAGGAACGAUUUGUACUCUCCUACCUUCUACCACGAGCAGGAUAUGGAACUGGUUGAUAAUAACACUCUCGCCUACUACAUGAACAAGGCGUGCGACAUGUACCCAGAAACGUUUACAAAGUAUGUUGCCACGUAUUUCCCAGGGUUGGGCUACUAUAUCGAGUCCAUUAACAAUCAGGCUUCCAACUGGCGGGACAAGACCUUCUGGCAGAUAAUGAAUGACACUGGACCCUUGCCACUUGGUGCGAGCAGUUAUGUACCAUCCACUGGCGAGAAUAUAAUGUUCAACUUGACUGUGUUCGAACCAUUUCCGUUUCACGAAACGUUUAGCUAUACUGUCAACAAUGAAGUCAAUGUCCCCUACUUCAACCACUCCGUAGACUUAUUUAUCAUAGACGAAAAACCACUUGUCUACUACAUGAGUACUGCUUGUAAGAAAUACCCGGAUGUAUUUACAAACUACUCGGCUACCUACUUUCCAACUUUAGGCUACUUAAUUGACUCAAAUAACGGUUUGGCCGUCGACCGGAAUACUGAUAAGUCAUAUUGGAAAAUACUUAACUUCAGCCAACCUCUGUCCGUUGGAGUGAGUUCUUAUGUUCCAAGACCGGGCGAUAGUAUCGUAUUUAACUUCACCAUAAAUGGAAAAGAGAACGGUACUGGCCAUGACACAACAACAGUCGUUACUACGAUAAAAACACUAGCAACAACCACGACUACAUCGGCUAUGACGGGACCGAAGUUAAGAUACACAGUACGCAACAAGAUGGUGAAGCCCUACUUUUCACAUUCCGUCCAACUGAGCAUUGAAGACAAACAACCGUUGAUUUACUAUAUGGAGAAGGCAUGCAACGAAUACCCAGGGGAAUUCAAAACAUUCUCCGUGUCAUACAAGCAACCUUUUAAUGGAUACUUUGUUGAUGCGAUCAAUGGUGUUUUUGGAAACUGGUACAAGGAUGAAACAUUCUGGCUGAUUCAAAACAAGACAGGCCCAGUCGACUUAGGUGUGAGCAGCUACAUUCCCACUCCUGGCGAUGAAAUUACCUUCCGGUUUGUACACGGAUACGACCAUUUACCAAACCAUGGCAAAACGACUCCAUCUCCGAACAAUUGCAACUGUUCCUGCAAGGCUCCUACUGGCGGCUAGCUGAUGUAAAAGUUGCCUUUUAUUGUAACAGAUUGUGCUACGACCAUGGUCCAAAUAUUGAAACAUGAGGAAAUAAAAAUCUCGCGAUAAAA